UUUACCAUCUUUAAACGUCAAGAAACCAAAAAACAAACUAACAAACAUCAAGAAAUGGCGACGACGAUCAAGAAUCAAUCAUUCUUUUCACUUCUUUUCGUUUUCUUUAGCCUCUCCGCCUCACAAUACCUCCCCUACAGUUACAGCACCCCGCCGUACUUCUCCAUGAUAACCGCCGGGCGAUGGGUUCUUCUCCAAGAAAGCAUAGGCAUCUCCGCCAUGCACAUUCAGCUUCUCAGGAACAACAAAGUCAUCAUCUUCGACCGUACUGAUUUCGGCCCUUCUAAUAUCUCUCUUCCCGACGGUAAAUGCCGCUUCAACGACGACGCCAUCCCCCUUGACUGCACCGCGCAUUCCGUCCUCUACGACGUCGCUUCCAACACCUUCCGCCCGCUCAUGAUCCUCACCAACACUUGGUGCUCUUCUGGCUCCGUCAAUUCCGACGGCGUUCUUGUUCAAACUGGCGGCGAUGCUAGAGGUGAACGUGUUGUUCGUACAUUCACGCCGUGUGACGACGAUUCUUGCGACUGGAUUGAGCUUGACGACAGUAAUAACACUCUGUUUAACAGAAGAUGGUACUCCAGUAAUCAGAUUUUACCGGACGGUAGAAUCAUAAUCGUGGGUGGUAGACGGGUUUUUACUUACGAGUUUUACCCCAAGGUUAAUUCUUUUGUUCAAGAUAACUUCACGUUACCGUUCUUGAUUAAAACUAGAGACCCGUUAGAAGAGAACAAUCUUUACCCGUUUUUACAUCUUUUACCCGACGGUAAUCUUUUCAUUUUCGCCAGUAAUCAGUCAAUCUUGUUCGAUUAUUCAAGAAACAGAGUUGUUAAAGAAUUCCCGGUUUUACCCGGCGGUUCAAGAAACUUCCCCUGCACUGGCUCCUCCGUUUUGCUUCCUCUCCGGUUAAAUAACACCGUCAGUGCUAAUAUUAACAUCACCAUGCCGGAGGCGGAGGUGAUGGUUUGUGGCGGGUCAAAGCCGGGCGCGUAUAUCAAAGCAAAUUUUGAGAAUGUUUACGUGGAAGCAUCAAGAACAUGUGGCAGGUUAAAAGUGACCGACCCGAAUCCUCAAUGGGUCGUGGAGUUCAUGCCCAUGCCCCGAAUCAUGAGCGAUUUGUUACUUUUACCCACUGGUGACGUCAUUAUCAUCAACGGCGCUGCUAAUGGAAGCGCCGGUUGGAACGAUGCGGUCAACCCGGUUUUCAAUCCGGUGCUCUACUUGACAGAAGCGGAUCCGAGUCAAAGAUUCGUGGUUCUUAACCCGACGAAUAUCCCACGUAUGUACCACUCAACAGCCGCAUUAUUGGCAGAUGGCAGGAUAUUAGUGGGCGGAAGCAAUCCACACCCAACGUACAACUUCACGGCAUAUCCGUACCGGACAGAACUGAGUUUAGAAGCGUUUUACCCGCCGUAUCUGGACAUAAUCCACUUGCCGUUAAGGCCGUCUAUUUUAUCAGUGGAGUCAGCGUAUGGAACGGUGCCGUAUAAUGAGAUGUUUGCCGUGACGUUUGUAGUGUCGCUGUACCGUGAGGAUUUGGGGAUAGGAGUGCAGCUGAUGACGGCGUCGUUUAAUACGCAUUCGUAUGGGAUGAAUCAGAGAAUGGUUAUGUUGAAUGUGGUGAGCGUGUGGAGAUUAUCGGAGUAUGCACAUAAAGUGAACGUUGUUGGCCCCACUAAUGUGAAGGUGGCCCCGGUUGGGUAUUAUAUGCUUUUUGUUGUCCAUGCUGGCAUUCCCAGUGCUGCUGUUUGGAUCAAGUUACAGGAUUAGCCAAGUAUUUUUGAUUGCUGAUGCUCGAAAAAUAAAAAAAGAAAUGGAGAUGCGGGGUAUCGAUCCCCGUACCUCUCGCAUGCUAAGCGAGCGCUCUACCAUCUGAGCUACAUCCCCAUAUUGAUGGAGCCAUUCAAUUAAAUUUUGCAUUCUUUGUUGUUUGUUUUUAUAUUUGUGAAAAUUAUACAAAAUGACAUUUGGUUAUCAGAA